AUGGGCGAGCCCGGCGGGCACGGGCCGGGGCACGGACCGGCACCGGCACCGGCAUCCAGCGCACACGGACCGCGGGGCCGCGGCCGCGCCUGGGAGCGCGGCGCCCCCGCUGAGGAGGCUCCGGGCACGGAGCCCCCCGGCCCCGCCGAGGAGGGCGCGGAGCCCCCCGACCCGCGUGAGGGCUCGGGGCACACGGAGCCCCCCGGCCCCUCUCGGGAGGGCCCCGGCACGGUGCCGCUCCACCCGCGGGGGGAUGCGAAGGACACGGAGCCCCCCGGCCCGCGGGAGGGCUCGGGGCACGCUGAGCGCCCCGGCCCCGCGCAGGGCUCGGAGCCGGGCUCGGAGCCGCCCGACCCGCGGCAGGACGCGGAUGACUCUCCCCCGCCCGGCCGUGCGGAGCUGCCGCUGGUGCCCGCCGAGCUCCGCGCGCGGCUGCUGGACCCGCGGGACUACCGGCGGCGCGCCCAGGCGGUGGAGCAGCUGCGGCGGGCGCUGGAGGGCUGCAGCCCGGCCGCGCUGAGCGCCGCGCCCGCCGCCGCCCUGCGCGGGCUCGUGGCGCUGCUGGACGCGCUGCUGCUGCUGUUUGUGCCCCUGCUGUUUGCCCGGGGCAGGGAAAUGUGCUUUCCUUUCACACUCAGCUUGUUUUCCUCUUGCCCACAGCUCUCUGCAUCCAGUGAUUUCCUUCCCUCCCCAAAGCUCCAGCCCUCCCAAGGAGUCCCAGCCAGCCAGGAGUUAUUUUUUAGCAGAAAAAGAGCUUCCAGGACUUUAUUCCAGAGCGGGGUGGAAGUGACCUCUGGGAAUUCUUCCAUUAGUGCAGGUGCUAUGGGCUCUCACCAGCCCCAAAUUUCAGGGAAGUGUGGGACACUUGGAUACCCACAGGCACGUGGGAAGAGUGGCAGCGUGGACUCGGAGUUACAGUUUUUGGGACUGAACAACUGUCAGCAGGACAAAGUUUCUUCCAGCCUGAAUUUUCCCAGCAAGACCCAGAGAGGGUUUUGCACUCAGGCAGAACCCACCAUGUCCUUCCAAGGCCUCAGUGCCAGCCAGGGCACCUUCAUCCUGCCCUCCUACCCCCUGUCCUCCCCCAGGAGCAGCCCCAAGCACCUCUCCUCUCCAGCUGCAUCUCCCAGGAGGGCCCAGGACGAUCCCAUGAACCUCUCCAACUCCUGGCCUCGCAAAAGCUUCGAGGGGCUGCCCAAGCCUGGCUCCCAGAAGCAGCUGCUCAGCCCAAAGUCAGGAGACAGCACAGGGGAGAAGGUGCUGGAGAAACCCUCCCUGCAGCUGAAGCCCACGGUGGUGAGACCCCCCCUGCCCCGGCGGGGCCUGCCCGGGGCCCGGCCUGUGCCCCCCAUCCCACGCCUGGGCAGGGACAGGGACAGGGACAACGAGGAUUCCUGGCUGGGGCAGCUGGGCAGGGAGCUGGCAGCAGGGCUGGCACAGCUGCACGUGGAUGCCGAGGAGGUGGACCAGGAAGAGAUGCAGAACUCCCUGCGCUCCCUGCGGAACAGCGCGGCCAAGAAGAGGGCCAAGCUGAGCAGCAGCAUCGCAGACCUGGAGAGCCCUGACCCUGCAGUCAAACUGGAUGUGUCCUUGGAACCCCCCUCCCAGGGCUCCUCCCCCAGUGAGAGUGGCAUUUACAGCCAGGAAUCCCUGCCCUCCCCAGUGCCCACCCUGCCCCGCAGGAGGAGAGUGAUGUCAGACACCUUUCCACUGCUUGGCAGCAAAUCCCAUCCUGCCAAAGGAUCUCCAGGGAGGAGCAGAGACCCAGGCGUGGCAGAGCUUCCCUGCAGCACAGGCCUUGCAGAGCCCGUGUCUGGUUUUGCAGCGAUGGAUGAUCUGGGUUUCCUGUCUGGAGACACCGUGGUGGUUGUUGGUAAAGGUGUUUUUGGGAGCCCCCCUGCUCACAGCCAGUCCAUGCCAUGUGUGGCCAAUGGAGAUGACCAGGGGGUCAGGGAGGAGACUGAGCCAUGCCCAGGGAUCCCUGGGAGAAGCUUCCAGCAGAACAGUGCUUCCCAUUUCCAUGCUGACAGAGAGAUAAAAGUGACCAUGUCAAAAUCUGCCCAGGAUAAGCUGAGGAGGAAGAGAAAAGAAGAAAAAGAACUCAAUCAUAAAGAGCAUCAGGAAGGCAAAGACCUGGAAGGGAAGGAAGAGAUCCCUUGGGAAGGGCUUAGACUGAGUAUGAGUGAACCAGAGAGACUGACAGCAGAAAGGUUUAAUCUCUGUGGGGAUAUUUUAACAUCGCCAAGAAACGGAUCUUUGUCCUUAGAAAAUGUGGCCUUGAAUCCUUCUCUGAGAAGAACAUCCAGUUUGAAGAGGUCAAAGUGUUCACCCUUGCUGGAUUCUGAUGAGGCGGCGCGGGGCCGGCCCAAGGAGCAGGUGACACACAGCCCCGAGGUGCUGGACCCCUCGGAGCUGCAGCCCUUCCCCAGGCCCGACACGGCCCUGGCAGAGGCCCUGGCACUGCUGGCUGACGACGACUGGGAGAAGAAAAUUGAGGGUCUGAACUUUGUCAGGUGCUUGUCUGCCUACCAUGCCCCUGUUCUGACUGCAAAGCUCCACGAAACAAGUUUGGCUGUGGCUCAAGAGGUCAAGAAUUUACGCUCAGGUGUUUCUCGAGCUGCUGUGGUGUGUUUAGGGGAUUUGUUCACCCACCUGAAAAAGAGCAUGGACCAAGAACUAGAUAAUGCAGUAAAAGUCCUUUUGCACAAAGCUGGGGAAUCCAACACUUUUAUAAGGGAAGAGGUAGACAAGGCACUGAAGGCCAUGGUUAAUAAUGUGACUCCAGCACGUGCACUUUGUUCUCUUAUAAAUGGAGGGCAAAGCCACCUGCACUCUGCGGUGAGGAGAUGCACAGCCCAGCACCUGGCGGAGCUGGUGGAGCGCCUGGGCCCCGAGCGCGUCCUGGGCGGCCCCAAACCCGCGGCCGAGCGGCUGCUCCCGGCCAGCGCCAGGUUUGCACAGGACAGCUCCCAGCAAACACGGUACUAUGGUCGGAGGAUGCUCUUCAGCAUGAUGGCUCACCCUGAGUUUGAGAAGGCCCUGGAGAAGUACAUCCCAGCCAAGGACUUGCCUUACAUUAAGGACUCUGUUGCCAGCCUACGUGAGAAGGGCCUGGGGGAGAUGCCACUGGACACACCUUCAGCCAAAGGAAGACGUUCCCAGACUGGCAGUGUUGGACAUUUGAGGUCAUCCCCCACUUCCAGAGAUGCUCUCAGUGUCCCGGACAGGGACACCACAGAGGCCCGUGAGGUCCCAAGGAAAGCAGCUCCUCGUAGUGCCCUGGAAAGUGAAGAGUAUGUUAAAGAUAUUGUGGGUUUGUUGAAUGCCAAAGACUUCAGAGAGAGGAUAACUGGCAUCAGGCAGCUGCUGCUGGAUACAGAGAACAGUCCAGGCCUGGUGGUUGCAAACCUCGUGAAGAUCUUUGAUGCUUUCAAGUCUCGCCUGCACGACUCCAACAGCAAAGUGAACCAGGUGGCUCUGGAGACGAUGCACAAGAUGAUUCCACUGCUCAAGGACAGUUUGUCACCUGUGAUCAACAUGUUAAUUCCUGCCAUAGUAGACAACAACCUCAACUCCAAAAAUCCAGGGAUUUACGCAGCUGCCACAAAUGUUAUCCAGGCUCUGUGUCAGCACUUAGACACCUCUCUGCUCCUCCAGCCCUUCUGCACAAAGGCCCAGUUCCUGAAUGGGAAAGCCAAGCAAGACCUGACAGAAAAGCUGGCUGACCUGGUGCCGGAGCUGUACCCACGGAAGCCCUUCGCUGUGGAGCAGAAGGUCCUGGCUGUGCUCUGGCACCUCCUGGGGAACACAUCCAACAGCGGCUCCGUGCCCGGCGCCUGCGGGAGCCUCCGGGCAGCCACGGCCACACUGGCCAAAGCUCUGUUUGCACAGAUGGGGCCCAGCCUGCUGGCCCACGCUGCAGCCCAGCCAGCCCACAUCAGGAAGGGUUUGGAAGAGCUUUUGGAGACAGGAACAUAAAAUCACCGGCGCUGAGGGUGAAACUCCACCGGCCGCCUGACCUGGGCACGCGGACGGGGCUGCGGGACGAGGCGGGAACAUCCCUGUGUCGCUGGGCCACAGGGCUGGAGGGAGCUGCUGGGAGAGCCUGUGGGGCUGAACUGGGCUGUGCUGGGGCAGCCUGGCUGAACUGGGCAGCGUGGGGCCGGCUCCCCUCCCUGCCACCGGCAUGGCCAUGGAGGAGUCGCUCCAGCCCGUCUGUGCUUCCCUUCGGAGGAUCCAGCCCCGGCCCCGGGAUUGCUGGUGGAUAACCACACACGGUCACAUCAGCACCACGCUUUGCACGGAUGAGUGGAGGAGAGCCCUGGGCACAGGGAUGCAGAACCACAGCGUUCUGUGUGCUGUUUGUGAAGAACACGUAUUUUUGUACCCCCUCAGGCAGUUGUGCAGUGUUGGCUGGGCAGGAGGCACUGCUCUGGUGGUCUCUUCUCCUUCCCCAGCCACGAGCUCUGUACGUGUUGGACAUGGGACCCGACGGGAUAAAUAAAUAAAGGGAUUUAUUUCUGUAAA